GAACAUUCCUGUCACAUUUAGCUUCAAGGUGCUCACACUGCUCAGCUAACCAAACUCUACAUCCAAGAUGAUGAAGUGCAUCGUUUUCCUCAUGGCUCUCGUCGCCGUUUCAUACGCCGCACCCUUCGGCGGUAUCGGUGGCUUCGGAGGCUACGGCGGCAUUGGAGGCUUCGGAGGAAUCGGCGGCUACGGCGUUCUGGGCGGCUUUGGCGGUCUCGGAGGCGUUGGUUAUAGCGGUAUUGGAGGCUUCGGCGGCUACGGCGGUCUGGGAGGCUUUGGCGGAAUCGGAGGUUUUGGAGGCUUUGGCAAAGGAUUUGGUGGCUUUGGAGGCUUUGGCAAAGGAUUUGGUGGCAUUGGAUUUGGUGGCAAGGGAUUCAUUGGUUAAGCAAAGAGCGGAAUUACAGACACAGAAAACAGCAUCAAAUGGCAGCAACGAAACCAGCGAUAUUUCACAUCACAACUUUGUAGAUGUAUGGCUUGGAUUAGAUAACCUGAUUAAAAUCAUUGGGUGCCACGGGUCCAAAUCACACCUUUCAUAAACUAUCCAGAAAGGGAAUAUUGCCCUGAACAAUGUAUGCACUAGGACCUUUAAGAUUAGUGCAUUUUCGUUCGUGCCAGUACACAUCCAGGGAUGAAACUGUACACUUCGCACGCUUUGAUUGAAGUGGUUUCAUGUGCCAAUUUAGACAAACUGUUCUUAUUUCAAUGAGCUUCAUUUCUAGACUACAGUUAUUCUUUUUUACAUAGAUAUCUGUCUUCAGUAAGAAGAUAAUUGGUAAACACAUGAAGACAAAAAUAAAUUAUUUUGAAAUAUAAGUUCUGUUCACUGUUGUAUUAUUGUCAUAAAGAGAAAUGCUCAGUAUCGGCGAAGAAUCACUAAAAUGACAAGGAUGGAAUACUGAAUCACCAAUACUCAGUCAUAUUCAUACACACUCAAGCACAGGCACUAGGAUUGGACACAAACACGAGUGCACGCG